CAUUAGUUAAAAAGAGUAAUGUUAGGCGAAGAGAAAUGAAAUGAUAAAAAUAAGUGUCUUUAAUUCCAAGGCCUUUCUUUCCUCUAUAAAUUACCCACACAACCUCAUCGAAAGCAUCCACGCACUACUUUCAUAUCCACAAAAUAAAAUAAAAAAAUGGCCUCACACAGCUCAACCACCAUUUCCCUCGUCAUCAUCCUCAUCAGCCUCGCAGAAGCAGACCUACUCAGCUCGCCUUCACCAACAAUGGGCGACAACUUUGGUACUUGUCCCAGAGACCCAUUGCAACUACGCAUAUGUGCUAACGUCCUUGGCCUAGCCAAUGUCACAGCUGGAGACACCAGAGCACGAUCAUGUUGCACUGCCGUCAAUGGCCUCGCUGAUGUUCAAGUAGCCGAUUGUCUCUGCUUUAUCUUCAGGCCACUCCCUUUGGUUUUCGGUAUCGAUAAGGCCGUUAGAGAAAUCUUUUUUGCUUGCAAUAUGGUUUUUCCUAUUGGUUUUCAGUGUCCACCAGCAACAGUAACUACCCCUUAAUUCCCCCUAAUUAAGAUCCCUAUAAAUCCAGUAUUUCCUUGAAGUUUGCUUGCACCACAAGUAUGGUUACCUAUUAAUUAAUGGAUUACAGUGUUGAUCUGUGUUUCGUUGUUGAUUAGGACGUAAUAAGGACUACUUAUGUUUACAAGAAAAAGGACUGUUGAUGUCUGUAACUCUGUAUGCAUAUCUAUUAAUGUUCACGAAGAAGAAUAAUAAAUAAUGUUUAAUACUUUUUUGUU